AGACUACCUGAAGUAAGGUAGGUAGGUAGGUAGGUACCUAACCCAGGCACAUGAACCAACAACUCGACAGGAACCGUCCCGACCGAAGUUCAGCUCCGCCCCCUCGCGAUCUUCCAGAUAUCAAUCAACAUAGCCACCCAUUUCCUUGACGAAAACCCUACUCGCAUCACACCGCAGCGAUUCGUGCCGGUUCCUGCGACUGCCUUCAUUUUUUUCUGUCUUCAGCUGCUGUGCCGCGCUAGGGCAACGACACCAACACUUCAUUACGCGAGCGAGCAUCGCGCCUUUUGCCAUCGCCCCCAAACGGACUGCCCCCUGAGGGAUAUCGUCUCAUCACCCUCACUCAGCCUUGAUUCUUUUCAUCUUGUUGCCUUCAGCCCGGGCGAAAGAGAAGCGGGGCCCUCUUAUCCAGGUUGCAACUCGCUCACUCAUCGAGCCUCGCCUCCUCACCUCGUUUCAACCCUCAUCACCCCCCAUCCCACUCUGUCUCAUCAGGCCGCCCAAAACUCAUCCCUGCCCGAACUCGACUCACCGUCUUGAUCGACGACGCAUACUCUAGGCAACCCCCAUCGAGGUUCAUCCUUCGCCCUUCUCCACACGCCCUCUCGAAAUCAUGCUCCGUCGCCCCGCGACAACUCUCGGCAUCACGGCCGAGGACAUCGCCGCUUACGAGGACCGCCGCGCGCGUGAGUCCAUGCUACGUGAGCGUCAGGUCCUCGUGCAGGCCCAGCAGCAGCAGCAACAGCAACAAGCCGCCCUCGCCGCUCAGCAGCAGCAGCGGAUCCUCCGGCAGCAACCCCAAUCACAACAGCAACCCUUCUCUUCGCCACAACCGCUUCAUCAGCAGCAGCAACGGUACACACAGGCGCAGCUUCAACAGAUGCAGAGGCUUCAGCAACACCAGCAGCAGCAGCAGCAGCAGCAGCAGCAGCAGCAGCUCGAAGACGAGAGCAUGCUCACCGCCGAGGGCGAUGACGAGGACGAGAGCCUGGAUGAGUACGACCUGCUGAGGCGGCAGCAAGAGAUGAUGAGGGCGCAGAGGGGGCAGCAGCAGCACGGGAGAAUCGGCGGUCUGCAGACGACGCCCACGCCGGGUGACGGCGGACGAGGAGGGCGGACGAGGGAGGAGAGGAUUGGCGUCGGGCGACGCGGGAGGUGAAGAUCUCAGAUGCUGG